UGAGGUCGCCUGUCAUCAAAGAAGGGGAAAAGCCCCAUGGACUCGAGAUCUUCACCUGGCAGAUCCACCGAUCAUCACAGGUCACACUCGUCCUCUUUCACAGUCAACAGUUAAAGUUACACUGUAGUAAAUAAAUUAAAGAUGCCCUCGAAGGAGAAAAAAACACGACAGGCACAAGAAACCGAAGAAGAGGGGGAGAACGAUGACGGAGAGGAGAAGAAAUCAAAGUCGAGAAGGAAAGGUAAGAUCAGCGGUCCAGAUUGUGCCACUAAGAAGAAACAGAAACACGCCGAGGACACGGUCAGCGAUGCAUCCGAGGUGAGGAAGAGCCAGAGAGGGCCGGAGAAGAAGAAGAAGAAGAAGAGGAAGAAGAAAAGCUCUAAAUCAAAGGAUGAGGAGGUGAAGAGCAGCAGUGAGGAAGAUGAAGAUGAACACGAGUCGAAGAACAAACACAAGAACCUUCCGGAUGUCGUUCAAGUGACCGAAGUCGGGAGAAACAGAAGAAAGGAGAAGAACCCUGUCGAGAGCAUCAUGGGAUCCAAAGAUAAGAAGUCCAAAGACGAGGGGGGGAAGAAGAAGAAGAAGAAGAAAGAAGAAACGGACCCUGAAGAAGAGGAGGACGACGACGACUCCCAGAAGAAGAAGAAGAAGAAGAAGAGCAAGAAAGGAACCGGUGAGAGCGAUGACGAGGGCAAGAAGGGAAAAGGCAAGAAGAAGAAAUCCAAAAACGUUGAUUAUGUCGAGAUCUAUGAGAACGAACUGAGGAACUAUGAGUCUGAGAAGGUGGAGAACUAUGAGGACGAGUACCACAAGAAAAAAGUGUAUGAGGUGGUGACCAUCACUGGAGACGUUAAUGGCGCAGGUACAGACGCCAAUGUGUUUGUCACGCUGUUCGGGGAAUAUGGCAUCACUCCCAAACUGCACCUGGCCAGCAAGAAUCGAACUGCUUUUGAAAAAAACAAAACUGACGUCUUUCGGAUAAAAACACACAAUGUCGGCCCUUUGAAGAAAAUUAGGAUUGAACAUGAUAACACGGGCCUGAACGCCAGCUGGUAUCUGGACCGGGUCGUGGUCACAGACAUGAACCGGCCACAUCUACGCUUCUACUUCGCCUGUAACAACUGGCUGAGCCGAGCCGAGGGCGACGGGCUGUUCGUGCGGGACCUUCUGGGCAGCCCCGACCCCAUGGACAUGCCCAAAUAUAAUAAAUAUGUUGUGAGUGUGUUCACGUCUGACGUGAAAGGCAGUGGGACGGAUGCUGAUGUUUUCCUCAAUAUUUUUGGUGAAAAUGGAGAUACAGGUGAGAGAAGACUCGACAAUGAUAAAAACAACUUUGAGAGAGGAACAGAAGACAAGUUUACCAUCGAGGCUCCGAAUCUGGGCCGAGUGAGGAAGAUCACCAUCGGACACAACAACAAGGGCUCCUCGGCGGGAUGGUUCGUGGAGAAGGUCAUACUGGAUGAUUUGGGAAACAAAGCCUUGUACGAGUUUCCCAUCAACCGCUGGUUUGCCAUCGAUGAAGAUGAUGGAAAGAUACAGAGAGAUGUUCUGGUUGGAGGGAGUCAACCCACCGGAAUCGUGUACAACGUUCAGGUGGUGACGGGGAAAGUCCGAGGUGCAGGAACCAACUCUAAAAUCCACAUGAUCAUGCACGGCUCCAAAGCCCUGAAGAACAGCGGGAAGGUUUUCCUGGAGGGAGGAACGUUUGAGCGCGGGCUCACCGACAUCUUUAACGUGGAGAUCGCAGCGCUGCUCAGUCCUCUCAGUCGGGUCACCAUCGGUCAUGAUAACGGAGGGGUCAGUCCCGGCUGGUACUGCGAAAAGGUGGUUGUGUUCUGUCCGUUCACUGGCAUCGAGCAGACGUUCCCCUGCUCUAAAUGGCUGGAUGAGAACGAGAGCGAUGGACUCAUCGAGAGAGAACUCUACGAAAUGGUCUCGCUCAGGCAAAAGAGGCAGAAAAAACAUCCCUGGUCCCUGUGGAUUUGGACGUCAGAUCUUGCAGGCGCAGGAACAGACGCCUCCAUCUUACUCCAGAUAUUCGGGGAGAAGGGCAAGUCCGAUGAGAUGAAACUCGACAACAAAACUGAUAACUUUGAGCAGGGCCAGCUGGACAAGUUCAUGAUCGAGCUGCCGGAUCUUGGGAAGCUGACGAAACUGAGGAUCUGGCAUGAGAAGAGGAAUCCCUUCGCCGGCUGGCAUCUGAGUCGAAUGUCCAUAAUGAAAACUUUAACGAAGGAAACGUAUAAGUUCCCAUGCGAGCGCUGGCUGGACACUAACGAGGACGAUAACGAGGUUGUGCGAGAGCUUCCGGCCACAGGCGAGCUGAUCCCAGAGCCGCUGCCAGUCAUCAAGUAUCGCGUCACCGUCUCCACGGGGAACGUGAGCGGCGGAGGAACGGACGCCCAUGUGUUCCUGUGUCUGAUCGGAGAUCUGGGAGACACGGGCGAACGCACGCUAAUCAACUGCAAGAACAACGUCAACAAGUUUGAGAAGGGCAACGCUGACGAGUUCCUCAUCGAGGCGGUGUCGAUCGGGCACGUGCGCCGGGUUCGGAUCGGUCACGACGGGCGAGGCGGAGGCUGCGGAUGGUUCCUGGAUAAAGUGCUGAUCCGAGAGGAAGGCCAGGCCGAAUCCCAGGCCGUCGAAUUCCCGUGCAACAGAUGGUUGGACCGCGGGGAAGACGACGGCCAGAUCGUUCGGGAACUCGUGCCGUUCGCAGACGGACAAAGACUUUACAACGUCAGUUACCACAUCGCAGUGAAGACGGGAAACGUCAGCGGAGGAAGCUCCGACUCUAAAGUGUUCGUCAAGUUUUACGGCGAGAAGGGAGACACCAGCAGGAUGAUGCUCGUGGUUUCCGACAACAACCUGCGCAACUACUUCGAGACGGGACGGGUGGAUGUGUUCACCGUCGACACCGCGGACAUCGGGCAGAUCAACCGGCUCCUGAUUGGUCACACUAACGAAGGGAUGCGCGCCGGCUGGUUCCUGGACAGCGUUCAGAUCAUGGUUCCCAAUCACGGGAAUCACUACAUGUUCCCGAGUCACCGCUGGCUGUGCCGAGACGAGGCUGAUGGGAAGACGGAGGUGGAGAUUUACCCCAGUGAAAUACUGGACCUCGAACAAUUGAUCAACUAUGAGGUCACGGUGGUGACGGGCGACGUCUUCGCCGCCGGCACGAACGCCAAUGUGUUCAUCCAGAUUUACGGAGACCAGGGGAAGACGGAGGUGCUGAAUCUCAGCAGCAGGUCAAAUAACUUUGAAAGAGGAACAACAGAGAUAUUCAAGAUUGAAGCUAAAGACGUGGGGAAGAUCUUCAAGAUCCGCAUUUGCAACGAUGACUCUGGCAUCGGAUCCGGAUGGUUCCUGGACCGGCUGGAGGUCAAGCGUCUGGUCAUGGCCAUGGUGCCCAAAGAGAAGAAGGAAGACAAGAAGAAGAAGAAGAAGAAGAAGAAGGAGGACGAGGAAGAGGAGGAAGAGGAAGAGAUGCGAGAGGUGGUUCUCACACACAGAUUCCCCUGCGAUCGAUGGCUGGCGGCGGAUGAGGAGGACGGAGAGACUGUGGUGGAGCUUCUGGCCGAGGAGAACGAGGAGCUGGAGGAAAACACGUAUGAGGUGAGUGUGUUCACGGGGAACAUGAUGGGGUCCGGAUCUGAUGCCAAUGUUUUCAUCAACGUCUACGGAGAGAACGGAGACACGGGCGAGCGACGCCUGAGGAAGUCCAACCACCUCAACAAGUUUGAGCGCGGACAGGAGGACGUGUUCUCCAUCACAGCCGUGGAUCUCGGGACGCUGAAGAAACUGAGGAUCCGGCACGAUAACAGCCACCAGUCGGCCUGGUACCUGGACCGGGUGGAGAUCGUGGACACGAAAGACGACACCACGUAUUACUUCCCCUGUAAUCGCUGGUUAGCGGUUGAUGAAGAUGAUGGUCAAAUUGCCCGAGAGCUGGUCCCUGUGGAUGAGGCCUUCAUGAGGAAGGACGAGGACGAGGAGGAGUCCGGGGCCACACUGGGAUUGGAGCAGAAAGCGAUGUCAACAACAUACACGCUGAGGAUCAAGACAGGAGAGAAGAAACACGCAGGAACAGACGCCAAUGUCUUUGCGAUCCUGUAUGGAGAGAAUGACGACACAGGAAUCAUCAACCUGAAAGCCUCUAAAUCACACAAAAACAAGUUUGAGAAGGGAAUGAUCGACGAGUUCACCGUGGAGGCCGUUGAUCUCGGAGAACUCCACAAACUGAGAAUCGGCCAUGAUGAAGCAGGAGGCUCGGCGGGCUGGUUCCUGGACUGGGUGGAGAUUGACGCUCCUUCUCAAGGACAGAGACUUCGGUUCCCAUGCGGGCGCUGGCUGGACCGAGGAGAAGACGACGGAGCCAUCGUCCGAGACCUGUAUCCCGCCGAGCUGCAGACUGAGCUUUACACGCCAUUCGUUCCCUAUGAGAUAACCACCUUCACGAGUGACGUCUUCGCCGCGGGGACGGACGCGAACGUCUUCAUAGUCCUGUACGGUCAGAAGGGCCUGGCAACGCAGCAGAAGUACCUGUGCGUCAACAAGAGAGAGAGACGCUUGGCAUUUGAGAGAUCAGCAGAAGACAUGUUCAUAGUGGAGCUGGAAGACAUUGGAGACAUCAUCGAGAAGAUCCGCAUCGGACACGAUAACAAAGGGACGAACCCCGGCUGGCAUCUGGACAGAGUGGAAAUCAGAAGACUUUUAAGAAAAGGAAAGGGUUCGGAGACAACCAUCUUCCCCUGCGAGCGCUGGCUGGCCCGGUCCGAGGAUGAUGGGGAGACGGUGAGAGAGCUGGUGCCGUCGGACAUCAUCACGGAGAAGCUUCUGAGAGACGGCACGCUCAAACACAGCGAGAUCGAGGUGGAGGACGCUCUCGAGACUCACACGUACACAGUAACGGUGAGGACGGGCGACAUGUACGGCGCCGGAACCGAUGCUAACGUCUUCCUGACGGUCUACGGGGAUCUGGGAGACACCGGAGAACGAAAGCUCAGCAAGUCUGAGAGCAGCAGCAACAAGUUUGAGAGAGGAGCCGUGGAUAAGUUUAGCAUUGAGGCGGUGGAUCUGGGUCUGGUGUUCAAGAUCCGGAUCCGGCACGACGACUCCGGGGCCGGGGCCGACUGGUACCUGGAUCAGGUGGAGGUGGUGGACACGGACACGGACGAGGUUUACAUGUUCCUGUGUGAACGCUGGCUCUCCGGGAAGAAGGAGGACAAGCGCAUCGAGAGGACCUUCUUCAUCAAGGACUACGAGGGCGAGAGGAACCCUCAGAACGUGAAGAAGAGCAUGCAGAACUCCAAAGCUGGGCUGGACGGCAACAUGAACAAGAAGAAGAAGAAGAAGAAGGCUGUGAUCAUGGACGAGGGUCCGAUGAUCCCGUACCACUUCACGGUGUCGACGGGAGCAGAUCGCGACGCCAGCACCAGCAGUCGGGUCUACGUGAUCAUCCUGGGACCCAGCGAUCUGGAGACGGAGCGGCUCUGGCUCGAUCUGCCCGGCGGGAAGAAGUGCUUCGCCAGCGGAGGAAUGGAGCAUUUCAUGAGCUACGGACUCGACGUGGGCGAGAUCAAGAGAGUUGAGCUGGGCCACAACGGAGCGACUCCGGAAAGCUGCUGGCUGGUGGAUGAGCUCUCGGUGGCCGUUCCCACAAAAGGGAUUCAGUACAACUUUCUGUGCAAGUGCUGGCUGGCCAAAGACAGAGGAGACGGUCUGACGGCCAGAGUCUUCAACAUACUGGACGCCACAACCAUCAGCAUCAUCCGAAAGGUGGUUUAUGAAGUGACUGUCGUCACGGGUGACACUCAAAACGCAGGAACAGACACCAACAUUUUCAUAACUGUGUUCGGGGCCAAUGGGAGCACGGAGGAGAUGCUCCUUAUGAAAAAUGAGGACAGGUUUGAAAGAGGACAGGAAGACACAUUUAACCUGGAGAUUGAUGACAUCGCGCCCCUGAAGAAGCUUCGAGUCCGCAUCGACGGGACAGGGAGUCGUCCUGAUUGGUUUCUUGACAAGAUGAUCAUGAGAAACCUGACCACGGAGGAGGUGUAUGUCUUCACGUACGAGGAAUGGCUCUCCAAGACCAAAGGACCCAAGAGGACGAAGGUGUGUGAACUUCCAGCCGUGGUGGACGACGAGGAGAUGGUGGAGAAAACCACGUACAUCAUUCAGGUUAAAACCAGUGACCUUACUGCCGCUGGUACCGACGCCAACGUGUUUCUGAUCGUGUUCGGGGAAAACGGAGACACGGGAACACUAGCACUGAAGGAGAGCAGCAACAGGAACAAGUUCGAGCGCAAACAAGUGGACGUUUUCCGAUUCCUGGAUGUCCUGAGUCUGGGCGAGCUGUCGAAGGUUCGGGUCUGGCACGAUAACAAGGGCCCGGCGCCCGGAUGGCACCUGGAGUUCAUCGAUGUGAAGGACGAGCUCCUCGAUGAGACCUUCCGCUUCCCCUGCGACCGAUGGCUGGCCAAAAGCGAAGACGACGGUCAGAUCAUGAGGGAACUGGCAUGUGCCAAUAAUGAUAUUCUGGAUCUCAGUGAAAAGACCAAAUACGAGAUCGAGAUCACGACAGCCGGUUCUGAUGAUGCCGAGACGAAGGAUAACGUGUGGAUCGUUCUGGAGGGCAGGAAAGGUCGAUCUAAAGAGUUUAUGAUGGAGAACUCAAAGAAGAAGAAGUUUUUGCGUGGUGCCACGGAUUCAUUCGAGUUUUCCUCUAAAAAUGUGGGAGAGAUCGUUGGUAUUUGCUUGGGCCAUUUAACGAAGGAGAAGAAGGUGAAGAACGAGUGUUUCUGGCACGUGCAGGAGGUGCUGAUCACAGAGAAAGAGCUGGGCAACAAGUUCUACUUCACGUGUGACGCACGGAUUCCCCUGGCCGCCAAGAGAGACGAGUUCAUGACGUUCGAGUGCAGCAAAACCGUGGAGAGUUUCGCCAGCAAAGUCCGCAGUCUGGUUCCUGUUAAAUACGAGAUCAUCGUGAUCACGGGAGACGUGAAGGAAGCCGCCACCGACGCCAACGUCUUCAUCACGCUCUACGGCGUCAACGGGGACUCCGGGAAGCGGGCGCUCAGGCAGAAGUUCAGGAACCUGUUCGAGCGGGGCCGGACGGACCGGUUCCUGCUGGAGAUGCUGGAUCUGGGAGAACUCCUGCGGGUCCGGGUGGAGCACGACGACUCCAGCACGUCGUCCGGCUGGUUCCUGGAGUGUGUGGAGGUCACCAACACCGCCAACUGGGUGACCACCAUCUUCCCCUGCGGGAAGUGGCUCGACCUGAACAAAUCCGACGGGCAAACUCACAGGGUUCUCUAUCCCAAAUACUGAAACCGCACGGGACUUAUUUGUACUUUUUUAAAGAAAUUCAAAUAAACUUCCUUUGUAUUUGUA